AAAAGGAAGAAACCUGCUCAUUCUCCCUCAUCCCUCUAUUGACCCAGCACCAGCAUCUGGAGACUCCAUGGCCGGGAUUCCCUGGGGCUAUUGCCCCUUGUUUGUCCUCCUCUCUGUUUGUGCCUGGGGUCAUGCAAAGCCAGUGGACCUGAGAAGAGAGAACGUGAGAAACUGUUCAACCAGCCCUCAUUACCUUCCGGUUACUGUGAUCAAUACCACAGUGCAGCUCAAAGACCUUCGCCAGCAGAUGCACACCUGGAAUCUCUCUGCCUACAUCAUCCCGAAUACGGAUGGCCACAUGAGCGAGUACAUUGGCGAACAUGACAAGCGGCUUGCAUGGAUUACAGGCUUUACAGGGUCUUCAGGAACUGCAGUGGUGACCAUGGGAAAAGCAGGUCUCUGGACCGACAGUCGCUACUGGACCCAAGCUGAGCAGGAGAUGGACUGCAAUUGGGAGCUCCACAAGGAAGUUGGCAGUGCCCCUAUUGUCAACUGGCUCCUCACUGAGAUUCCUACUGGAGGGCGUGUGGGUUUUGACCCCCUCCUCUUCUCCAUUGGCACCUGGAAGACUUAUGACAUGGCCCUCCAAGGCUCUCACAGAGAGCUGGUGUCAAUCACAACCAACCUUGUGGACCUGGUAUGGGGGUCAGAGAGGCCUCCAGUUCCAAGCCAGCCCAUUUAUGCCCUACAGGAGGCAUUCACAGGGAGCACCUGGCAGGAGAAAGUAUCUAGCAUCCGCAGCCAGAUGCAAAAACAUCGCAAGGCCCCAACUGCUGUGCUUCUGUCGAUGCUUGAUGAGACAGCCUGGCUCUUCAAUCUUCGCAGUAGCGACAUCCCUUAUAACCCUUUCUUCUAUUCCUACGCACUGCUCACGGACUCCUCUAUCAGGUUAUUUGUAAACAAGAGUCGCUUUAACUCUGAGACCCUGCAGUAUCUGAACUCCAGCUGCACAGGCCCCAUGUGUGUGCAACUCGAAGAUUAUAACCAAGUUUAUGACAGCGUCCAAGCCUACACCUCAGGAGCUGUGAGGAUCUGGAUUGGGACCAGCAAUACUAUGUAUGCGUUCUACAAAGUGAUACCCAAGGAUAAACUCAUAGAAGAAACCUACUCCCCAGUGAUGGUAACCAAGGCGGUGAAAAACAGCAAGGAACAGGCCCUCCUCAGGGCCAGUCACGUGCGGGAUGCCGUGCCAGUGAUCCGCUACUUGGUCUGGCUGGAGAAGAACGUACCCAAAGGCACAGUAGACGAGUUCUCAGGAGCAAAGCUGCUGGACAAAUUCCGAGGAGAAGAAGAGUUUUCCUCUGGACCCAGUUUCAAAACCAUCUCUGCUAGUGGUCUAAAUGCUGCCCUAGCCCACUACAGCCCAAGCAAGGAGCUACACCGCAAGCUGUCUUCAGAUGAAAUGUACCUGGUGGAUUCUGGGGGACAAUACUGGGACGGAACCACAGACAUCACCAGAACAGUCCACUGGGGCACCCCCUCUGCUUUCCAAAAGGAGGCAUAUACCCGUGUGUUGAUUGGAAAUAUGGAUCUGUCCAGACUCAUCUUUCCUGCUGCCACAUCAGGACUGAUGUUGGAAGCCUUUGCCCGCAAAGCCUUAUGGGAUGUUGGGCUCAAUUAUGGUCACGGGACAGGCCAUGGAAUUGGCAACUUCCUGUGUGUGCAUGAGUGGCCAGUGGGAUUCCAUUCCAGCGGCCUUACUAUGGGCAAGGGCAUGUUCACUUCCAUUGAACCUGGGUACUAUCAGGAUGGUGAAUUUGGGAUCCGUCUUGAAGAUGUGGCCCUCGUGGUAGAAGCAAAGACCAAGUACCCAGGGACCUACCUGACCUUUGAAGUGGUGUCCUUGGUGCCCUAUGACCGGAACCUCAUUGAUGUCAGCUUGCUGUCCUCUGAGCAGCUCCAAUACCUGAACCGCUACUACCAGACCAUCCGUGAGAAGGUGGGCCCUGAGCUGCAGCGACGCCAACUGCUGGAGGAAUUCGAGUGGCUGCAGCAGCACACAGAGCCACUGUCAGCAAGGGCUCCAUGCACUGCCUUCCUGUCCUCUCUGUUGGCAGCCUCCACUCUUGCUAUCCUUGGCUGGAGUAUCUAGAGGCCCAGGACUCCAGAGCUAACCCUCUUGUUCAGCUUACUUCACCCUGCACCACCCAAGCCCCAAGAGCUCCUGCUGGCCCAAUUGCCUGGAAACCUUUGCCCUCAGCCUCCUUCUCCAGGACCAAGCCCCAGGGACUCAGGGCCUCUUGGCCCCCUUACCCUCUGCUCCCAAUCCCAUGACAGUAAACCAGCUAGUUUCUUUCCUCCAGUGAGCCCAGUAGGCCUAACCUAUAAUCUGGCAGAGCCUGUUGCUGUUGCCCCCCAAAGGCCAAUAUAGGGCAGUGCCUUACUCCCAGGGGCCCCAUGGUCCUGGGAAAGCCCCAUCCUAAAACCAGCAGAGCUGUUCGCUCAUACUGGCUUCUAACUCCUUGGUCUUUCUACACCCUUGAGGCUGCCUCAGGCCACCCCCAUCUGUACAUGGCUCUACAAUGACCUCCUGGCUGCUGCCCAUAGGCUGAAGGAACAAGGGCUGCUUCCGGGCUUCCUAUUGUGCCUAUAGAGGGAGAGGAAGGGAGGGUGGUUGAGUCCUCUGAUGUCAUACUGCCACCCCAGAGGCAUGUUACCAGCCCUUCACCUAACAUGUGAGCUCAUCACUCCUAAACCCUGGGUUGGCUUGAUGCUAAGUGAUAGGAUAGGGAGUUAAGCCAUAGGAAUUUGGCCAUGGGGUAGGAGGGAAUGAGGGAAGCCCUCUGGAAUAUGGCCCUACCCAAAGUUGGGAACAGCCUGAACAGUGACGCCCAAUCACUAUCUCAAAUUUCCUGGCAUAUGGAAGCCCUUUUAACUUUCCAAAGUGCAGCCACAGUGACAAUACUAUUAAAUCCUUCAGCAUCCUUAGAUGACCCUUAAGCUGUGAGGCAAAUAGCUGGUUUCCCCAUUUUACAGAUAGGAAAACUGAAUUCCAGGUAGGGUGGGAUCUGUCCAAGGACACACAGUGUUUGAUUGGUACAUGGUGGGACAGGAAUGGGCCGGCCGGCAGUUCAACUUUUUUGAC